CAACACCAGCUCCCCUGUUCCUGCUCUGUUUCCACUCUGCUGUGCUACAGCAGCAGCAGCAAGAAAAGCUUGGUUGGGGUGUGUUUUUGAUCGGUCGGCCAUGGUGGCGAUAACGGCGCCGAGCUCGAUCGAGCACAUCCCGCUGGUUAGGUGCCCCAAGGCCAAUGCCGGGCCGCCGGCUGUCAUCCCGUCCAUCGACCUGUCGGCGCCCGGCGCGGCGGCGGCGGUGGCCGAGGCGUGCCGCAGCCUGGGGUUCUUCAAGGCGACCAACCACGGGGUGCCGGCUGGGCUCGCCGACGCGCUGGAGGCCGGCGCCAUGGCGUUCUUCGCGCUGCCGCACCAGGAGAAGCUGGACAUGUCCGGCCCGGCGCGGCCCCUCGGCUACGGCAGCAAGAGCAUCGGCUCCAACGGCGACGUCGGCUGGCUGGAGUACCUCCUCCUCUCCGUCAGCUCCAGCUCCGUCCCGAGCUCCGCCCUGCCGCCGUCGCUCCGGGUGGCGCUGGAGGAGUACACGCGCGCGGUGAGGGAGGUGGGAGGGAGGGUGAUGGAGCUGAUGGCGGAGGGGCUCGGGGUGGCGGCGGAGGAGAGGGAGGUGCUGCGGCGGAUGGUGGUGGGGAGGGAAGGGAGCGAGGAGAUGGUGCGGGUGAACCACUACCCGCCCUGCCUCCUGCCGGCGGGCCGGGACUGCGGCGUGACGGGCUUCGGGGAGCACACGGACCCACAGAUCAUCUCCGUGCUCCGGUCCAACUGCACCGCUGGCCUCCAGAUCUUGCUCCGCGACGCCCGCUGGGUCCCCGUGCCCCCCGACCCCGAUUCCUUCUUCGUCAACGUCGGCGACUCCCUCCAAGUGCUGACGAACGGGAGGUUCAGGAGCGUGAAGCACAGGGUGGUGGCGCCGGAGGGGAGGGAGUCGAGGCUGUCGGUGAUCUACUUCGGCGGGCCGGCGCCGUCGCAGCGGAUCGCGCCGCUGCCGCAGGUGAUGCGGGAGGGGGAGCGGAGCCUGUACAGGGAGUUCACCUGGGGCGAGUACAAGAAGGCCGCCUACAAGACCCGCCUCGGCGACAACCGCCUCGGCCCCUACGAGCUCAAACACGACGCCGCCAAAUAAUCAUCGCAGCCACCGGCACGACUUGUGAACUGUGAAUUGUACUACUACAACAACUGCUGCUACUAGUGUAGUUUAGCUCUAGCCGAGAUAUCAUACGAUCGAUCAACCACUCCUACCGCCAUCUGUACACAUUCCUCCUUGCCGGCAAGCAUCCCUGAUGAUCGUAUCGAUCCAUCUCUCUCUCCCUCUGUUACCACUUUUUAACCCAUUUCUGGUAACAAAAGGGCGCCGUUGCGUUGGCUUUGCUUGGCCAGCCCAAAACUGGCACUGCCGCGCUGCCUCCUUGCAUUCCUCUCUGCGGCGCAGUACUCCUCUGUCCUCCUGGGUCUCUCUCUGCGCUGCAGUGCAGCGCAUGCCGUGUAAAACAGUUUGCCGCAUGCUGCUUCCAUCGCUGCACGCAGGAGUACGUGAUUAUGUGCUGCUGCUCCUACUGUCGCUGCCGCCCCUUUUGUAGCAUGGUUUUACCGGCCGGUUGCUGUCAGGUGCAGUCGUUCGUAGCUAAUGAUAAUGCUUAACUACACCAUUGAGUGUGUAAGUGUAUGUACCGAUGUGUAAGCAACUUAGCUAUAGCAGUAAUGUAACUGUCUGUGUGUAUGGCCUUUUCCUACCUAUAAUGCGUAACGUGCACAUGGAUCGAU